CCCGCCCUCAACCUUCUGAACGGGAUUUGUCACCUGACUCAGCUCAAACAUGGCUGCGCUGGAAGCUCUGCUGAUUUGGGCGCCGGGAGCAGGAGGUACUCCACGAAUGAGAAAAUUGACAAUGUGUUUUGCGUAAUUCAUCUCUUUCUAUCUCCCUGCACUCUGUGCUGGGAAAAUGCAUCAUCCAUCUGGAGAAGAGGAAACUGCUUCUCAGAAGCAGCUUUUUGGAUUUUUCUGUGAAUGCCUUCGGAGAGGAGAAUGGGAGUUGGCACAGGCAUGUGUACCUCAGCUACACGAGGCCCAAGGGGAUAUCCCAAAAAAUGUGGAAGAUAUACUUCAGGCGCUGGUCAUGUGUCCCAGUCAGCUGAGAUGUGGACAGGAUAUCAACCCUCAAAGAUUAGCCUGGGUCUGGCUUCUUGUACUGGAAAAAUGGUUGGCCCUGGAAAAGAAGUUACUUCCAGCUGGUUUCCGGAGAAAACUUGAGUUUCUUUUAUUGUCAGAAGACCUCCCAGGUGACAUACCAGAGGACAUCCUCAAGGAGCUGUACAUGGUCUUAGCACAAGAUGCAGCAGACCCUGUGCUUGAUGGAAAUCAGAGGCAAGAGAGCUGGCCCCCUUGGCUCAGCUCAGAAGCUGUCUCUCUGCUCUGGGAUCUCCUGCGGGAGGCCCCUCAGCCCACGCAGGCCCUGCUGGAGCUCCUGCUUGGGGAGGAAGACAGCACGGGCCUCCAAGGCUGGCCCCUGCAGAAGGCGCUGGUGGACCUCAUUCGAAAGGCACUGCGAGCUUUGUGGGCACCUGCCAGCGGGCACCCAGGGGCAGUCGAUGCCAUCUACGGAGCCCUGCGGACUCUGCGCUGCCCUGCAGAGCCGCUCGGGGCUGAGCUGCGUCUCCUGUGUGAGGAACUGCUGGAGGCCAGCAGGUCGGAGGCGAGUCCCCUGCGGGAGGAGCGGCUGCUCGGCUGCCUGCUGCACAAGGCCGGGCGGGGCCUGGUGUCCCUGUAUGGCCACACCUAUGCGGAGAAGGCCCCAGAAAAGCCACCGACGCCCACACCCUCGGGAAAAGUCUCACCGGCUCAUCUAGAUCCUGAGCGGGCAAUGCUAGCCUUGUUCUCCAACCCUGACCCAGCCCAGGCUUGGAAAUUGGCCUAUUUCUACUGCCUGAGCAACAGCAAGCACUUCCUCGAGCAGAUCCUGGUGACAGCACUCACCCUGUUGAAGGAGGAAGACUUCCCAAGUCUUGGCUGCCUGCUAGAUAGAGAAUUCAGCCCUCUCAGUCGACUGCUCGUGCUCCUGGGCUGGACACACUGCCAGAGCCUAGCGUCAGCCAAGAGGCUGCUCCAGACACUCCACAGGACCCAGGACCAAGGCUGUGAUAAGCUCCUCAGGGAUGCCUGUGAUGGGCUGUGGGCUCACCUGGAGGUCCUGGAGUGGUGUGUGCAGCAGAGCAGCAACCCUAUACCAAAGAGAGAUCUCUUGUGUCACUUACAUGGUGGAGAAAGCCACUCAGUGCUCUACUCUCUCCAUCACCUUACAAACCUUCCAGCCCUCAGGGAGGAAGAUGUCCUCAAGCUCCUACAGAAGGUGCCAGCCAAGGACCCCCAGCAAGAGCAUGAUUCAACUGACGCCACGGUCCCUGUGCACCUGAGCCGCUGUCAGAACCUGACACUCUACCGGAGCUUCUGUGCCAUGAAGUAUGCCAUCUAUGCCCUCUGUGUGAACUCACACCGGCACUCCCAGUGCCAGGAAUGCAAAGACGGACCCUCUGAGGACCUGGCCGCGGCUGCAGAGCCAGUGAACGAUUCUCUCUCCUCCCCAGGUGCUUCAGAUCUCUUUUCAACAUACCUGGCCAGGUGUCAGCAGUAUCUGUGCAGUGUUCCUGACUCUCUGUGCCUGGAACUUCUAGAAAACGUCUUCUCAUUGCUCCUCGUCACCUCUGCUGAUCUCCACCCAGAGCCUCACCUGCCCGAGGACUACGCUGAGGAUGAUGACGCUGAGGGGAAGGGCCCGUUGGGUUUGAGGUCCCCGUCAGAGAGCCCUCAGCACGUAGCACAGCCUGAGAGGAGGUCAGAACACGGUUCCCUGGGGGCCUCCAGGAGCCUGGCCUACACAGUUCCAAGCUGUCUGAAGGCAGAGCCAAAAGACAGUUCCCCAGAGCCUCACAGGCACAGCUUUUUGGACCUAAAGCACUUUACUAGCGGUGUCAGUGGGUUCCUGGCUGAUGAAUAUGUAAUGGGGGCCUUCCUUAGGCUGCUCCAGGAGCAGCUGGAUGAGCUAAGCAGCCGCAGCCCCCCCGAGAAGCCAAAGCUGCUUGAAGGCCAGAGUGGCUUGGGCAGCAGCAGCAGAGACGGACUGCAGAGCCGCCUGCACCAGUUCUCCAAGGUUCUCUCUGAGGCCCAGUGGAGGUACAAGGUGGUGACCAGCAACCAGGGCUCAGAGGAGCAGCCCUCCCGAAGAUACCGGCCCAUCGCCACAUGGCACCCCCGUCUCCGCCGGGGUCGUCGGACAAGAAGGAGCCGGGCAGAUGGCCGGGACAGAGGGUCCAACCCAUCCCUGGAAAGUACAAGUAGUGAGCUGAGCACAAGUACUUCAGAGGGAAGUCUGAGCGCUGCAUCUGGGAAGAAUGAGCUGGAUGGCCGGUUGCAGCCUCAACCUCAAAGUUCACUCAUCCGCAUGAUGUUCUCCCCACCUGAGUCACUGCUGGCAUCCUGCAUCCUCCGGGGGAACUUCGCAGAAGCCCAUCAGGUGGUGUUCACAUUCAACCUGAAGUCCUCGCCCAGCUCCGGGGAGCUGCUGUUCAUGGAGCGCUACCAGGAGGUCAUCCAGGAGCUGGCCCGAGUAGAGCACAAGAUCGAAAACCAGAACUCGGACGGGGGUAGUGGUACCAUCCGAAGAACAGGCAGCGGCCGCUCAACUCUGCAGGCCAUUGGCAGCGCUGCAGCCGCAGGGAUGGUAUUUUACUCCAUCUCUGAUGUGACCGACAAGCUGCUCAGCACCUCGGGAGACCCCAUCCCCACACUCCAGGAGGACUUCUGGAUAAGCAGUAGCCCGGUGGAGCCCACUGCCCCCCUGAGAGAGGUUCUGGAAGACCUCAGCCCCCCCGCCAUGGCUGCAUUUGACCUGGCUUGCUCUCAGUGCCAGCUCUGGAAAACUGGCAAGCAGCUCUUGGAAACCGCUGAGCGGCGCCUGAACAGCAGCCUUGAGAGUCGGGGUCGCCGGCUAGACCACGUAUUCCUCGGUGCUGAUGGCAUUCGAGGUUUUCCAGGCGUUCUUCAGCAGAUCAGUAAGAUUCUCAAUUACCCACUUCUGUCAGCCGGACAAAUCAAAUCAGAGAGUGUAGAGGAAAAGGGGGGAGGUCCCCCACGGUGCAGCAUUGCUGAGCUGCUUCAGAUGUGCUGGCCCAGCCUCACCGAGGACUGUGUCGCCAGCCACGCUACCCUCGCCCAGCAGCUGGAGCAGAUCCUUCAGUCACUGAGAGAAGCACUGGAGCUGCCAGAGCCCAGGAGUACUCCACUCACCUCCCUGGUGGAGCAGGUGGCCGAGAAAGCUCUGGAGGCAGAGGCCCACCCUGUGUAUAUCCAGACUCAGCUCCUCCAGAAGAACCUGGGCAAACAGAUGCCAGCAGGCGGCAGGCAGACUGACUACAUGGGCACCUUCUUCAGGUACUGCAGCACGCUGGCUGCUGUUCUCCUGCGGAGUUUGAGCUCUGAGCCUGAUCACGUAGAGGUCAAGGUAGGAAACCCCUUUGUUCUCCUGCAACAGAGCUCUUCCCAACUGGUGUCACACCUCCUGCUUGAGCGACAAGUUCCCCCAGAGAGGCUGGCAGCCCUUCUGGCCCGGGAGGGUCUCAGCCUGAGUGUGCCACAGGUCAUUGUCAGCUGCUGCUGUGAGCCCCUUGCCCUUUGCUCUUCCCGUCAGAGCCAGCAGACAUCAUCCCUUCUGACCCAGCUGGGCAUCCUGACCCAGCUGCAUACCUCCCACUGCCUGGAGGACCUCCCGCUUUCUACACUGAGCUCCUCAAAGCCAACUGAGAAUCCCACGCUGGAGAGAAAGCCCCCCUCCUCCCCGAGGGAUUCAGCAGGCCCAGCCCUCACCUCCUCUGCCUUGGCCUUCCUUAAGUCCCGCUCGAAGCUGCUGGCUACCGUGGCCUGUCUGGGGGCUUCCCAGGGGUCAAAGAUCACCAAGCCCGGCUUGUCUUGGAAGGAGCUUCGUGGCCGCAGGGAGGUGCCUCUGACUGCAGAGCAGGUAGCCCGGGAGUGUGAGCGCCUCCUGGAACAGUUCCCUAUGCUUGAGGCCUCCCUCCUAGCUGCCUGGGAGCCCCUACGAGGGUCCUCCAAGCAGGGGCAGAGUCUGGCAGCGAGUCUCUGUGGCCGGGCCAGUCUCUCUACCGUCCUCCUGGGCCUGCAUUCUCCCAUAGCCCUGGAUGUGCUCACCGAGGCCUUCGAGGAAGCCCUGGUGGCCAGAGAUUGGCACCGGGCCCUUCAGCUCACUGAAGUGUACGGGCGAGAUGUGGACGACUUGAGCGGCAUACAGGAUGCGGUCCUGAGCUGUGCUGCGGCAGGUGUCAAAGAAGGUUGGCGGUACCUGUUUGCUGUGAAGGAUGCAUCUCUGAGAAGUCGGCUCACACUGCAGUUUGUGGACCGGUGGCCCCUGGAGUCGUGCCUGGAGAUCCUGGCCUACUGCAUUUCAGACACAGCUCUCCAAGAUGGGCUGGAGUGUGAGCUACAGAGAAAGCUAGCAGAGCUGCUGGUGUAUCAGAAGAUCCUAGGUUUGCAGGCUACCCCCAUGUGGUGUGACUGGCAGACCCUGAGGAACUGUUGUGUCGAGGACCCAUCAACUGUCAUGAAUGUGAUUCUAGAAGCCAAGGAGUAUGAGCUGUGUGAGGAGUGGGGCUGCCUAUACCCCAUUCCAAGAGAACAUUUAAUCAACCUACAUCAAAAGCAUCUUCUCCACCUUCUAGAAAGAGGAGAUCAUGAAAAGGCUCUGCAACUCCUGCGAAGAAUUCCUGACCUCACCAUGUGCCUUGAGGUCACAGAGCAGUCCCUCGACCAGCACUGUAGCUUGGCCACUUCUCACUUCUUGGCCAACUACCUCACCACCCACUUCUAUGGAGAACUGACCGCUGACCGACGCCGUGAAAUCCAAGCACUGUACAUGGGAUCCAAGGUCCUGCUAACCCUGCCCGAGCAGCACCGGGCCAGCUACUCCCACUUGUCCUCUAACCCCCUGCUCAUGCUGGAGCAGCUGCUCAUGAACAUGAAAGUGGAUUGGGCCACCAUGGCCGUGCAGACUCUGCACCAGCUGCUGGCUGGCCGGGAGAUUGGCUUCACCAUGGACGAGGUGGACUCGCUGCUUUCCAGAUACGCAGGAAAAGCCCUGGACUUUCUGUACCCUCUGCGGGAGAAACGCUCAGAUUCUGUGAUUCACCUCCAGGAAAUUGUCAGUCCGGCUUCAGACCUCAAGACCUUGUCUAGGUCACCAUCAGCGGAGUUCUCUUCUGUUGCUGCUCCUGGUGUCUCCAUUGUGCAUUCCCCCAGUCCGAGGGAGAGGAGCUUCCCACAAAGUCAGCCGCCAAUGGAGUUUGUGCCCCCAGCAACGCCCCCUGCCAGGCACCAGUGGGUACCGGAUGAGAGUGAGAGCACCUGCAUGGUCUGCUGCAGGGAGCGCUUCACCAUGUUUAACAGGCGUCAUCACUGUCGCCGCUGUGGUCGGCUAGUGUGCAGUUCCUGCUCCACUAAGAAAACGGUGGUGGAAGGCUGCAGAGAGAACCCUACUCGCGUGUGUGACCAGUGCUAUAGUUACUUCAACAAAGAUGCGCCAGAGGAGAAUCCAGGACAACCAGGAGCACCAGACAGCCCCAAGAGCGAAAGCCCUCCAUACUCAGCUGUGGUGAGAGUCCCCAAAGCAGCUGAGGUGGAAUGGAUUUUGGAUCUGAAUGAGGAGGAAAAUGAGCUGGUGCGGAGUGAAUUUUACUAUGAGCAGGCCCCCAGUGCCUCCUUGUGUAUCGCCAUCCUGAAUCUGCACCAGGACAGCGUUGCCUGCGGCCACCAGCUGAUUGAGCACUGCUGCAGGCUGUCCCAGGGGCUCACCAACCCGGAGGUGGAUGCGGGGCUGCUCACAGACAUCAUGAAGCAGCUGCUGUUCAGCGCCAAGAUGAUGUUCGUCAAGGCGGGCCGGAGCCAGGACCUGGCUCUUUGUGACAGCUACAUCAGCAAGGUAGAUGUGCUGAAUAUUUUAGUUGCUGCUGCCUAUCGCCACGUGCCAUCUCUGGAUCAGAUCUUGCAACCAGCCGCAGUAACCAGGCUAAGGAACCAGCUUUUGGAAGCUGAGUACUACCAACUGGGCGUUGAGGUCUCCACAAAGACUGGCCUUGAUACCACCGGGGCAUGGCACGCUUGGGGCAUGGCCUGCCUCAAAGCUGGGAACCUCGCCGCCGCACGGGAGAAGUUUAGUCGCUGUCUGAAGCCCCCUCUCGACCUCAAUCAGCUGAGUCAUGGCUCAAGACUGGUGCAGGAUGUGGUUGAGUACCUGGAGUCCACAGCGAGGCCACUUCUAUCCGUGCAAGAUGAUGAUUACUUGGCCACCUUGAAAGAGCUGGAAGCUACCCUUCGGACCCAGAGCCUCUCUCUGGAGGUGAUUCCUGAAGGGAAGAUCAUGAACAACACCUACUACCAAGAAUGCCUCUUCUACCUGCAUAACUACAGCACCAACCUGGCCAUCAUCAACUUCUACGUGAGGCACAGCUGCCUGCGGGAAGCCCUGCUGCACCUCCUUCACAAGGAGAGUCCCCCAGAAAUCUUCAUAGAAGGCAUUUUCCAGCCAAGCUAUAAAAGUGGGAAGCUACACGUUUUAGAAAACUUGCUAGAAUCCAUUGAUCCAACCUUGGAAAGCUGGGGAAAGUACUUGAUUGCCACCUGCCAACAUUUACAGAAGAAGAACUACUACCACAUUCUGUAUGAGCUACAGCAGUUUAUGAAGGACCACAUCCGGGCCGCCAUGACCUGUAUUCGGUUCUUCAGUCACAAAGCAAAGACAUAUACGGAGCUGGGAGAGAAGCUCUCUUGGCUGCUUAAGGCCAAGGACCACCUGAAGAUCUACCUCCAAGAAACCUCCCGCCGUACUGGAAGGAAGAAAACCACCUUCUUCCGAAAGAAGAUGACGGCAGCUGAUGUGUCAAGGCACAUGAACACACUUCAGCUGCAGAUGGAAGUGACCAGGUUCUUACAUCGCUGCGAAAGUGCUGGGACCUCUCAGAUCACCCCCUUGCCUCUGCCAACCCUGUUUGGAAACAACCACAUGAAAAUGGAUGUUGCCUGCAAGGUCAUGCUAGGAGGGAAAAAUGUAGAAGAUGGUUUUGGAAUUGCAUUCCGUGUUCUGCAGGACUUCCAGCUGGACGCUGCCGCAACCUACUGCAAAGCCGCCCGGCAGUUGGUGGAGAGGGAGAAGUACAGUGAGAUCCGACAGCUGCUCAAAUGUGUCAGCGAGUCAGGCAUGGCGGCCAAAAGUGACGGGGACACCAUCCUCCUCAACUGCUUGGAAGCGUUCAAGAGAAUUCCACCCCAGGAGCUGGAGGGCCUGAUCCAGGCGAUAAACAGUGAUGACAACAAGGUUCAGGCCUACCUGACGUGUUGCAAGCUGCGUUCUGCCUACUUGAUCGCUGUGAAGCAAGAACACUCACGGGCCGCGGUCCUCAUCCAGCAGGUGCAGCAGGCCGCCAAGAGCAGUGGGGACGCAGUAGUGCAAGACAUCUGCUCCCAGUGGCUUCUGACAAGCCACAGCCGGGGUGCCCACGGCUCGGGCUCCAGGAAGUGACCCUGGGCUGCGGGGCCUGACAACUGUGGGAGGGGAGUGAUGGGCAUGCUUCCAGCUCUUUCCUCCUGUGGGACGGGACUUCCCUGGCUCCACCCCAGGUGGGAAAGAGCUGGAAUUGGACCCGACUUGCCAUCCUGGGCAAAGACAGGACCUUUCACGCAAGUGCCAUGUUUCUGUAAAAUUGUGGAGUGUGUGUGUGUGUCUGGAGAUGGCCAGUUCUUUCUACCUCAGAGUGAGUGUGUGUGUGUGUGUGUGCACGCUCGUUUCGCUCAUGUUUACGCCCAGGCAUUUCUGAACAAAUGAAACUCUCCCCCCACUGCAAAGAGGCACUUUACUUUAGACUUCUGCCGGUCUGAAAACCUUCCCCGCGUUUUUGGUUCUUAACCCGGGUCCACCCUGUUUGUACACAGUUCCCUCUGUGUGGAGACGUUCCAGUAGCUCCUUGUGACUAGAAGGGUUUUAACAGAGAAUUAUAGAGCAGCAUCAAAAGGAUUGCCUCUUUUUCCCUCCUUCCCUUCCCCAAACUCAGAGAUGGCUUUAGGGCAGGUGCUUCCUGUGGUAUAAAACCAUUCUGAGUGUCUCUCCUCUCACGAGCGCAAGAGUUACCAUGAAUCUUUGGAAGGUGGUCUGAACAGAAAGGUCCUCAGGUGCUGGCAUCUGAAAGCUGUGGCCACCCGUACACGUGAUGGGGUCUGGAGCCCUACACGUGGGCAGGAGGGGUGCCAUCACGUUUAUCCACGGGGAGAGAAGAGGGAACCUCUCCAAACAGGAUUGCAGGACAGUUGUUUACAAGCAAAGAACUGGCCUUUGUCAAUAUCCCUGCUGCAAAGUGAGAGAAAGUAGCUUCCUCUUUGAGAGUCUGGGGAGAGAAACAGUAGCCAAGACCCUGGGACUGAAUGGCUAGACUUUGCCUGUUUGAGUUACAGGCCUAUUUGUGCCCCUUAAAUUGGUUAGGAAAUCACUUCCUCUUCCCUCCUGCUUCUCUUCAGUCUCUUCGGAACAGAAGGAUGGACAUUCAGAGACCCAAGGUCAUUGAGAAGGCAGUGCACUUCUUUGUCUUAACAAAGGGAGUCACAGGUUCACUUUGAAGCUGGGCCAGCGGACAAGAAUUAAACAAGGGCGGCUUCCCUGGUGGCGCAGUGGUUAAGAAUCCUUGCCUGCCAAUGCAGGGGACACAGGUUCGAGCCCUGGUCCGGGAAGAUCCCACAUGCCACGGAGCAGCUAAGCCCAUGCGCCACAACUACUGAGCCUGCGCCCUAGAGCCCGCAAGCCACAACUACUGAAGCCUGCACGCCUACAGCCCAUGCUCUGCAACAAGAGAAGCCACUGCAAUGAGAAGCCCAUGCACCGCAAUGAAGAGUAGUCCCCGCUCGCCGCAACUGGAGAAAACCUGUGCACAGCAACAAAGACCCAACUCAGCCAUAAAUAAAUAAAUAAAUAAAUAAAUUUUUUUUUAACAAAAAAGAACUAAACAAGGGGAUGAUGAAAUAGGUCAUGUCCAGUUGGGCAACUAGGUGAAGUGCUCCUUUAAUAAGCAUUGGUCUGUCUUCCCACCGGAGAUGUGACAGCAUUUUGGAAAAGGUCUGCCAUAGUCCAUGACUUGGAUUUGCAGAUGAGGGGUGUGAGGAAAGCUCCGCAGCUGCGAGCCUCCCACCAGCCAGAGCUCAGCCCGUUGAUCUCACGUUUGCUGCUGAGAGAAAUGGGAGCUAGAAGCCAAAGUCACUAUCUCUGGUGCUUAGAAACCCUGUGGAUUUCCCUCUGAACCAGGUUUUUUUAAUAGUAAAAUAAACAACUGUAAGAGCAUCUGUCAGAUUCAAAGUUUUGGUCCUCUUAGAGAGGGGAGAGGCUGAAAAGAAAAUACUAGACCCCUUUAUGGGGAAGUGUGACAAGUGGCUUUUCCUUCUUUGAGUCAUAGAAUGCAUCUGUCUCCCAGAAAACAUCAUUUCCUGGCAUCUGCUUGCCCUUCUGAGUCUGCCCUUUUUGCACUGAACAUAAGCACUUUAUAUAAAUGGGUUGCAAAUCUUACAGCCCUUAAUUUGGGAUGUUAAGACCAGAUUUUCCUGACUCUCUCCUCAACUAGUUGAACUAUAAAAUAGGCAACCAUUGACUAGACUGACGUAAGAUGAGGCUAAAGGCUUUUGGGCAUCAGGCUGUGGUCUCCAACAAAAAACAAAAUAAACUAAUGGACACGUCAAAGGGUUGAAUGUUUUACUACAAGCAAGUCUUAAUAAAUUGUCUGUCCUACAA